AUGACCAAAGAUGGAAUCGAAGACACAACUGAGGAUCCAAGCUGGAAACACCCACAUGCCUUUCACCAGAACCUUCCCGCCCAUCACAUAGACAAAGAUGGAAUUCCUUUCAUCACCAAACUUGCCUACAAGAAAUCGAGAUACAUUAUCCGUCUUGUGGAAUCUAUGCAAUUGAAAGAAGAAAUGCUGGCGAACGACGUGGUUAUAGAAGACGCCAAUGUUCCAGACGAUGUUGUCAUUGAUGAGGAUGAUGAUGCAGCUGAUACAGCUGAAGUUUCUUCUUUGGGAGCCCUGAUCCGUGCUUGUGGAAGGCUUCAAUCGCAACUGAGCUCGUUGGAAAACUUGAAGCACAGUGGUCUUUCUCGCUUGGAACUCAGUCGCAUGGUCUUGAAGAUUCUUAAAUUACUAACAGCUACUUACACUGUUGCACUGAAUGAAAAGAAUGAACGAAAGGUCACCAUAUACUACGAAAACGUCGGAUACAUUUGCAAUCUAGAGAAUGCUGCUGGCAACAAGGAGUCUCAGUUUAAAAUGGCAUCAGAUUCCAACAUUCUCGAGGAGGAGCUUACAACAAGAUUCGCUCUACCUUCACCUGCCAGAGAAGUCCUCUUGUCGGUACUGGUCAACAUUCUAUCCAAUAAGGGACCCCUGCGAUCUGUCUCGAACGCUGCAGUCUAUGCCCACAAUGACGAUUCCUCGCGGUUUUUGUUGAUCUUGCAAUGGCAGGCCUUGCUGAGAACACUACUCAGAACAGCGCCUUAUCUCGACGAACACAAGGUUGGGGAUCCACCGAUGGCAUCCAACUCGCGUCAAAACACCAUUGUAAAGCGAACGGUCCAAAUGAUUCGAGAUGCGAGACACUUUUUUGAUCAAGGACUUUUGCCGAACGAUCCCACCGCGAUUGAUGAUCGGACCGCCCGUCAGAUUUGGAACGCAGUCAAAACAGAUGUCAUGUUUCAUUCUCAUACACACGCUUGUUACCGGUCCUUGAUUAUUCUCUACCUCUUUCAACCAUCUCGAUGUUCCAGUGCCUUUUACACGGAAAUGAUGCCCACCUGGUUUGAAUGCUGGACCAAUAUUGAUCGCUGUCCCGAAAUGGAAUAUUUGUGGCUUGCACUCUUUUGCAGAGCACGCAAACACCUUCCUGCUGGUUUUGAUUGGGGGCCGAUUCGAAGACGGUUGUUGACGCACAGUCAGUACUGGCUGCAGCUUCCCAUUGGUGGAGCGUCGUUGGAUAAGAGCUUUCCAAAUGCAUCGGCUCCGAGGUCACGAACUUGUCCUUCCAGACUGAAAGUCUUUGUGGGUUCGUCUUCCUCCUACGAAGAAGGGAUUGACUUUGUUGCAAAAGUGGCUAAGCUCUUGGUGGUCGGGUUGGGGAAAGGCCUUUUGUUUGAUAAUUUCUCGGAAGGUUCCAAGGAUGUAUUGAGAUUCUUGUCGUUUGCAACACCCUACUUCAAUCCAAGUAACAUUGGAUCUUGGACCUUUACGUUGGGAGCCUUUUUGCACUACUUUUGCUACGAGCUUUGUUGUAGGGUUGGAACUGCUGGUAGUAUGAGAGCCUUGAAGGCGUCCAAACCAGAUUUGGCAAAAGCGCUCUGCGACGUCGAACCCAGCUUGACUGUGGCUGCCACUCCGCAUCAUGAAGUAGUUGCUUUGAUGGAUGCCCUUCUUCCCCUGUGUCAGCAAGCACUGUACAGUAAGAAUGGACAUGUCGGACGGGCCGGUGAAGCGGCAAUGUUGUACUUGACGCAAAUUGACCCCAUGCGAGUGACUCCUGCCUUUAUCGAUUUUGCCACCCGAGCCUUGGAUAUCUCGGCUGUGAACUUGGCACAUCAAGCGCCUGCAGCUCUGUCAGCCUUGACAAGAUUACUUCAACCAGCAUUGAGAAGUAAUCCCGGAAUUUUGUUGGUACGACUUCCCGAUAUUUUGAGAUUAUCUCUCGCUGGAAUUGACAGCAACGACCAAAACAAAACGAUUCGAACUUUGAUCUUGUAUCGAAGCUUGACAUCGUGGAUUCCGGUUGGCGGUGCUACCAAGAAUUGGAAAACACUUGAUGGUGUAGCUCGGGACGCAGCACCAGCCGAUGAUGGCACAAUGGGCAUUGGAAGGAAUCUUUUGAAACACCUGUAUUCACAGGCACAUGCACCAGGAUAUGUAUCAGCGAUCGACAAACUCCCAGAAUUUUCUCUUUUGAAACAAGGCACAGAUAUCAGUGACCUGGAUUUCAAUCUCGUUCUAGAGGAAGCGUCAUCUGCUCUCAGCGAUUGGGUGCUCGAGUUUCUGGAGCGCGUCUAUUCUCUCCUGCGAGCAACUGGAGAAAGAGAGAAGGCUGGUAAGACUGCUUCCGGAGUGGCAUCUCGGCACUCCUCAGCUGAUGUUCAGCAAGCAAGAAAUUUCUCGCGGGUGUUGAAGGAAUGCUUGGAACAGACUUUUGCUUCGAUGGAUGACGAAACGCACAAACAAGCGGUGACGUCCGUUGUUCGAUUCUUACAAGAAGAGACGCUGCCAGAGGCUGCAAAGGAUUCUUCCUUUUUGUGCCUCGCUGUUUCGGCAGCUCGUGUGAAGAACCGGCAAAUUGUCAGCCCGGGAUUGGACGCAUUGCUUCCAGUCCUUCUCGACGACUUGGAACAUCACUCAAAUAAGACUGUUACGUAUCGCUUGCGAUGUGUUGCCGGGGCAAUCAGAGCUUGCGGAACAGCAAUCAUCAAACACAAAUCGGAUAUUAUGCGGGCCUUGGACUUUGCACUUUCCAGUACCGACAAGCAUGUUUUCAAAACUGGUUGCAAGCUCAUGCGUCAUACUUUGGCAACGCUAUGCGAGUCUUAUGCUCUCACAUCCAACAGUGUCCCAAGAAAUGUGACGGGAAGCGACGGUUUGAUUCUCGGACAAUCCGCGCAACUCAAUGGCGACCCAGUGAAAUGGCACGUGCCGAAUGCAGAAUGUGUGGAGUUUGCAUGGGAGAUCUUUCAAAAUCAUGUUUUCAAGAAAAUCAGCGAGCUCGGAUCAUCAAUGUCUGACGAUGACAUGGACGUUGAUGGGUCCGGCUCGGGGUCCUACAAGGUGAAUAUUCCAGAUAUGCGACGAUGCCUGCGAGCAGUUCGAUAUGCACUUCGAGGAGGAUCUAGCUUUAUGCUUGAUUUUGAUUCCGGUGAAGGCUUGGGAGACCAAGACUCGGGUGAAGGGGUCACAGUUGGUGAUGAACGACGUGAUCUCAGCCUUGUACCUUAUGAAAAGGCAGUCCGAAACUUGCUGCAACCGGCCAGAGGAGAAACUCUACAAUCGAUGCUGAAAAUGCGCGGCCGAUUAUGCUCUUUGAUUGUGAAAUUGUCAUCGCUGAUUGCAUCUGAGACAUCGCGGAUUGCUGAAGGUGCCACCGUUGGGGAAGGGACAGAGAAUAAGUACAUGGAGUUCAUAAGUGCUGACCCGAAAGUCUGCAAAGAGACCAGCGACAUUUCUCUCUUGCUCCUUACAAGAAGAGGGGCUUCAUUCCGGUCUCAAGAAGGAAAGACGAUUUGGAAAGCACAGAAGCAGCUGGCCACAGAUUUUGCAUUGCUUGCACAGGCAGAUCACAUGGCCGAAUCUUUGCAACGUGCUCAAAUGUAUGGAGACAGCAGCUCUGUGCUCUUCAAAGAUGGAGAAGAUGCCGGCAAGACUCUUCCACGCCGCCUUCUCGUGAAGCGAAUACAGCUCUUUCAUGACUCCCUACAACGGAUGGCAAGUUUUGAAGUUCCCCGUCGUUUGCGACGACUAUCGAAGAUGCAAAAGGGAAAGAAAACAAUCCUAUUCUCCACGGAGGUUUCAUUCAAGGAUGUGAAGACGGCCGCAACCGGCAUAAUGGAAGACGAGAUUUCCUCAAGUAUGGAUGGUUACGAAGGGAUGAUGGAUGCACUCUUUGCAUUAUGCUGCCACUCCAACACCCAAGUCCGAGCUUCCGCCAUCGGAGUUGUGGACUAUGCCAUUACGCGUUAUGGAUACCUUCUCGCGCCACGAGUCCCACGAUUGAUGGCAGCUGUGAACUUGAAAGACGAGAAUAUGGACGGCAAGUUUGGUCUCCCAGCAUGCUCAAUCUUGAAAUCGCAGGUCGAUGGACAAGGAAAGAGAAAGAGGUUGGCUGAAGCCAUGAAGGGGGUUUGCUCUAUUCUUUCAAUCCCUCGCGCGGGCAAGCAAAUGCUUGCGAAUGAAAAGGCGAGAUAUGAAUUUGUGCAAACUAUUUGUGGUACCGAAGAUCUUGUGUCCAUGAUGCCAGCCGAGGAGAUGCAAAAGAUGGUACACUAUCUUCAUAGCCUGUUUAGUCCAUUCCGCCUGAAGUUCUACAGUCUCCCACGGGCUUCGGGGGCUGAUGUAGCGAAACAUCAACAGACAAUAGACUUUCUACUGAACAUCCUAUCAACCGAAAGCGAACAGAUGGACGACGAAGAGGCUGGAGCAGCCAAGGCAGUCCAUUGGAGGAAGCUACUGCAUGCGUGCUGGUUUCUGACUGUCCUUGUUGACAGAGAUGACAUGGAGUUGUCGAGCAUCAAUGUUCACAACAAACUAUGGAAAACAUGCUUCCAGAUAAUUGAAGAUGAGAACGGGCAGCCAUUACAGCGUGUUGCCUUGGGUCUUUUCGGACGUCUUGUCCAAAUGAUUCGCAACGACAAAGAUCGAGAACUACUGCGUGAACGCCUUUUGACAGAGUCUUUUGCCAGAAGCUUCGGCAAUGCCCUUGCUUAUGACCACAAGGAAGAUUCCAGUGUUGGAGGUGGACACGAUGCACAGUGGGCAGCUGGUGUUGCGGACAUGAUUCGCGACUCUGCUCGCAACGUUGCACCAAGGUCACUGUUUCCAUUUCAGCGCACUAACCAAAGCUCUGGAACCUUCAAGGUGUCGCAUGCGCAACUCGUUGAACAAAUUCUUCUCGGCUUGGGUGAAGAAGAUGCCCUUACAGUUGCUCGGCACCUUCUAACCUUCUCAAAAGAAAUGGCUAACUCCCCUCCGAGUGAAGAUCAACGUAAUCAGCAGUGCACAUCUGCUGAAAUAUAUGCUGGUGUUAGCAGAGCUUUCCUACAGAUAUAUUCUGAAGCAAAAGUGUCGUUACUUUGGGACUCAGACUUGCUUCCUUUCCUUGACGAUGUUAUCGCAAAGAUACCAAUUUCACUCUCCGGUGCAUACUUCGAUGCCAUUCGAUAUGGCAUUCAGUUCUCUCCUCCAAGUAAAUUCUAUCCGUUGACCAAUUGGUUGCUGACCAAAAUCGAGGGCUCUCUUUGGGAACCGAAGAAUGAAAACAAGAGUCAACUUGAAGCGGAAAAUGGCACUCAAGGAACUGACGGGUUCACUGCACAAUCGAAGUGGCUCUAUCUUUGCUGCGCCUUACUUGUAGAGCUUGACGAGACAGAGGUAGACGGAACUCUUUCCAGAGUGCCAUGGUACACCAAGUGCUUGGCAGAAAACAUCGUGACAAUGGACACCGAACAAGAGACUGCGGAGGAUCUCAAGAAGACUUGGAAACUUGUGAGCGAUCGACUAUUGCCUCGUUUGAUUGAGGCCUUGGGCCAUCCAUACGAGAGUUGUCGCGACCAUAUUUCCGGAUGCUUGUUCAGAAUAUGCUUCUGUCAUCGCAAGAUGUCAAAGGGGGUUGCCCAGAACUCGGCAACAGACGCCGAAGAUCCAGGAACUGUCAUUGUUCAGAAGCUGCUGGCACUAAGAGAUUCAAAUGAUCCUACUUUCCAGAAUCGAUACAAUUCCCUCAUCACUGCAAGGCGCUUCUUCUCCUACUGCAUUCACUUCGGUGAUGCGAAGCAUGAAUUCUCAGAAUAUAUCAUUCCACUUCUACCUCUUGCAUUUGAAGCGCUUACUUCAAGCGUCGAGGAUGAAGGCGGGGACGCCGAAGAGGCCACAGUUGCAAAACGCGCUCUUGGAGCUGAAGUCGUGAAAGGAUAUCGUUACACGAUAGCAGAGGUCAGCGUUGCAUCUGUGAUGUCAUAUGGAGGAAAUGCUGACAUCACACGAGUGUUGGAAGUUGUAGAGCAAAUGGCAACGCACGAGAAAUGGCAAGUGCGCCAUGCAUGUGCCAACUUCUUGCGGUGUUUUCAAGGUAGCCACAAAUUUCUGUUCACGGAAGAGCACGCUGAGAAGAUUACUACCAUUGUAGCGGACCUUCUUGCUGAUGAACGUCGUGAAGUGUCUUCUGCUGCGAUGGCAGCCGUGACCGGAAUCAUUGCAGCUCUUCCAGACAGCAGCGUUGCAAAUCUUGUUAAAAAAUACGCAUUGCAGGCUAAGAAAUCGACGAUGAAGAAACGCAAAACAACGAAAAAGGGCACAGCGGGAAAUUCUGUACCGCAAGCUAUAUUGACAGAAGAGCAGAAGAAAGCAAAAGAGGUCACACGUGCCAAAAUGCAGCAGUCGUCUGUUUUCUUCUUGUGCGCAGCAGUACUAUCACAACCUUACGAGACUCCAGAAUAUGUGCCACAAGCUCUGGCUGCAAUUUCGAAGCAUUCUUUUGAACGCAAUGCUCCACUCAACGUUCGAGACACAGUAAAGAAGUGCUGUGCUGAAUACAAAAGAACGCAUAUGUCCGACAACUGGGAAGUCCAUCGACGCGCUUUUACACAGGAGCAACUUGAGGCACUAGAAGAUGUUGUCAGCUCACCUCAUUACUACGCUUAG